AUGAAGGGUUUCUUUCCAUCUGAGUCGUGUAAAGAGUCUCAACUCAGUUCAUUCAAUCCACAGUCAUGGCUUCAAGUUGAAAGAGGGAAGCUUUCCAAGUUCGGUUCACAUCCUUUUGAUUCAUCCAUAGAAUCACUUAUCAAGAUCCCUGAACCGCCCGUGCUCCCAUUCUUCAAACCUGUUGAUUAUGUGCAAGUUUUAGCUGAGAUUCAUGAAGAACUUGAAUCAUGCCCCAAAAAUGAUAGGUCGAAUCUGUAUUUAUUACAAUAUGAGGUCUUUAGAGGCCUUGGGGAAGUCAAGUUAAUGCGAAGAAGCCUCCGUUCUGCUUGGCAGAAGGCUAAUUCUGUUCACGAGAAGAUUGUAUUUGGGGCAUGGCUGAAGUACGAAAAGCAAGGGGAGGAAGUUAUUGCUGAUUCCCUUGCAACUUGUGGGAAGUGUGCUGAAGAGUUCGGACCAGUAGACAUUCCUGUGCAGCUUGAUCUUGAUGCUAGUUUGUUGGGGUCUCAGGAGACUUUGCUGUUGGUGACAAGUGAUCACGUCCUGAAAAACGUCACUUUCCGAAUUGGAGAUAACAGAAUUGUUUGUGACAGGCAGAGAAUUGCUCGCCUUUCUGCUCCAUUUAAUGCUAUGCUGAAUGGGUGUUUCUCAGAAUCACUUCGGGACGAUAUAGAUUUAUCUGAGAACAAUAUAUCUGCUUCGGGCUUCAUAGCAGUAAGCCGGUUCAGCACAACUGGGAAUCUGAAUGAAGUUUCUUCGAAUAUUUUGUUGGAAAUCUUGGUUUUUGCAAACAAGUUCUGUUGUGAAAAGCUCAAAGAUGCAUGUGACAGGAAACUGGCAUUGUUAAUAACAUCAAGAGAUGAUGCUGUGGAACUCAUGGAAUAUGCUCUUGAAGAGAACGCCCCUGUUCUUGCUGCCUCAUGUCUACAGCAGUUUUUAAGAGAGCUACCCAAUUGUUUGGAUGACGAUCGCGUGGUUGAAAUAUUCGUUAGUGCCAACAAGCAAGAGAGACAAAUCAUGGUAGGAUCAGCUGCAUUUCCACUGUAUUGUCUAUUAAGUGAAGUUGCUAUGAGUGUUGAUUCUCACUCUGAUAAAACAGCUUAUUUCCUGGAACAAUUGGUUAACUCAGCCGAAUGUGACAGGCAGAAAAUGUUGGCUUUUCAUCAGUUAGGAUGUGUGAGGCUCUUGAGGAAAGAGUACGAUGAAGCCGAAUGUCUUUUUGAAACUGCUUUGAAUCUAGGCCACACAUACUCUGUGUCAGGUCUUGCUAGACUUGUUUACAUCAGGGGUCAUCAAGAUUUGGCAUAUGACAAGCUUAGCUUGGUUAUUUCUUCCUCUCUUCAUCCGCUAGGGUGGAUGUACCAAGAAAGAUCAUUGUACUGCGAAGGUAGUCAGAAGGUAGAAGACCUUGAGAAAGCAACCGAGUUGGAUCCAACUCUUACUUACCCCUACAUGUUCCGUGCUGCUUCAUUGAUGAGAAACCAGAAUGUUCAAGCUGCACUAGCAGAGAUCAAUAGGGUCCUUGGGUUCAAACUUGCAUUGGAAUGCUUAGAACUUCGCUUUUGCUUUUAUCUCGCUCUCGAGGAUUACCGGGCAGCACUUUGUGAUAUUCAGGCUAUUCUUACACUCUCACCUGAUUAUAGAAUGUUUGAAGGACGGGUUGCAGCGUCCCAACUUCGCAUCCUUGUCCGUGAACAUGUUGAGAAUUGGACAGCAGCAGAUUGUUGGCUGCAAUUGUAUGAUAGGUGGUCUUCUGUUGAUGACAUAGGAUCCCUUUCUGUUAUAUACCAGAUGCUUGAAUCAGAUGCACUGAAAGGCGUUCUGUAUUUCAGACAGUCUUUGCUUCUUCUCAGGUUGAACUGUCCUAAAGCAGCAAUGCGAAGUCUACAAUUAGCUCGUCAACAUGCAUCGACAGUGCAUGAGCGUUUGGUGUAUGAAGGAUGGAUACUGUAUGAUACUGGUCACUGUGAGGAAGGGCUUCAAAAAGCAGAAGAAUCUAUUAGAAUCAAGAGAUCUUUUGAAGCUUUUUUCCUUAAAGCUUAUGCACUGGCUGACUCUAGCCUUGAUGUGUCAUGUUCUUCAACUGUUAUUUCACUCCUCGAAGAUGCUUUGAAAUGUCCCUCGGACAGACUGCGUAAAGGCCAGGCACUUAACAAUCUAGGCAGUGUCUAUGUUGAUUGUGGGAAGCUAGACUCUGCAGCUGAUUGCUAUAUCAAUGCAUUGAAAAUCAGGCACACCAGGGCACAUCAGGGCCUUGCCCGUGUCCAUUAUCUAAGAAACGACAAGGCAGCUGCAUAUGAGGAAAUGACCAAACUGAUAGAGAAAGCUCGGAACAAUGCUUCUGCAUAUGAGAAGAGGUCUGAGUACUGUGAUCGUGACCUGACCAAGAUUGAUCUGGAGAUGGUAACAAAACUAGACCCACUUCGUGUAUACCCCUACAGAUACAGAGCUGCAGUGUUAAUGGACAGCCAAAAGGAGAAAGAGGCUAUUGAAGAGCUGUCAAGGGCAAUUGCUUUCAAAGCCGACCUCCAUCUCCUACACUUGAGGGCAGCGUUCCAUGAGCACAUUGGGGACGUCACAGGUGCCCUACGAGACUGUCGAGCAGCUCUCUCUGUGGACCCGAACCAUCAAGAAAUGCUCGAGCUUCAUAGCCGCGUAAACAGCCACGAGCCUUGA